AUGGGUCGCGAGCUUACGAAGGUCGUGUACAAGACUGACGCCAACGAGGACUUCAUUGUCAUCGUCAACCCCGCAGAGUUCAAGAAGUGGAAGGAAGGAGGUACCACCGUCCCAUUAACGGAGGUCGUCGAUGCGUUCCAGGUGUUCUGGUCGAACCAGGGCGCACAAGGGCUGCUCGGCACCCCGUCAAACCAGCAGCUGGACAACGCGUUCGGGACGCACAAAGACGUGGACGUGAUCACCGCCAUCCUCCAGAAGGGCAAGGAGGAGACCGGAAAGAGCAUCCGAUCAGGCGAGGGCACCGCGACGAACCUCACGAAGGGCAGCUUCGCGGUCGACACGAAGGGGAAGGGCUCGAAUGGGAUCUAG